GGGGCCAUGUGGGGCGGACGCCGGCCGCCCGCCGCCCCUCGGGUCGCCGCCUCUCUGGCGCGGCUGCUGCUGGCGGCGCUGCUGGCGGCGGGGGCGCGGGGCAGCGGCGAGUACUGCCACGGCUGGCUGGACGCGCAGGGCGUGUGGCGGCUGGGCUUCCAGUGCCCCGAGCGCUUCGACGGCGGCGACGCCACCAUCUGCUGCGGCAGCUGCGCGCUGCGCUACUGCUGCUCGAGCGCCGAGGCGCGGCUGGACCAGGGCGGCUGCGACAACGACCAGCAGGGCGCCGGCGAGCCGGGCCGGCCCGACAGAGACAGCCCGGACGGCUCGGCAGUCCCUAUCUAUGUGCCUUUUCUCAUCGUUGGGUCAGUGUUUGUCGCCUUCAUCAUCUUGGGGUCACUCGUGGCGGCCUGUUGCUGCAGAUGUCUCCGGCCCAAGCAGGAACCCCAACAGAGCCGGGCACCCACAGGGAGCCGUUUGAUGGAGACCAUCCCCAUGAUCCCCAGCGCCAGCACUUCCCGAGGCUCAUCUUCUCGACAGUCCAGCACAGCUGCCAGCUCCAGCUCCAGCGCCAACUCGGGAGCCCGGGCGCCCCCCACCAGGUCACAGACAAACUGCUGUUUGCCAGAGGGGACUAUGAACAAUGUGUAUGUCAAUAUGCCCACAAACUUCUCAGUGCUGAACUGUCAGCAGGCAACCCAGAUUGUGCCCCACCAGGGGCAGUACCUGCACCCACCAUACGUGGGGUACCCUGUGCAGCAUGAUUCAGUGCCCAUGACUCCAGUGCCCCCUUUCAUGGACGGUCUACAGACUGGCUACAGGCAGCUCCAGGCCCCUUUUCCCCACACAAACAGUGAACAAAAGAUGUACCCUGCUGUGACUGUGUAGCCUAGUGUGCUGGCCAGACUUCUUUAAGGGAUACAAGAAAACAGGACACUGUGGAUUUGAGAAAGAUUCUCAGAGUGGAAGUUUGCACGAAGCAGUGGUGUUUACUGCACAAUUCUUUUAGAUGCUCCAAACUGUUUGAGACCAUUGCUCUCUGAAGUAGCAUUUCUGGAUAUUUCACCCCAGUGCAUGAUGGGUUGGUGAUGGGAAAAGCCAUCAUCACCUGGAGAUGCCUGUAUUGUUGCCAAUUGUUGGGUAACAAAUGCUCCAACCCUUAAGUGCUCUUGAGGUAUCACUGUCAAAGGAAUUUUGUAAACUGAUAGACUAAGAGUUUUUAUCAUGUUAUAAUUAUUAUGGUUACUUUUGUAUUAUACAAGAUUAGAAUUCCUGUUCCUUUUUACCUGGAACAGUUUUUUUUCUUUUUCUUUUCUAUUUUUUUUUUAACAUUCAUGGUUUACAGGAAGACAAAGAAUGAAAUUAUUAUAAAAAGAUAUUGGACUUUAGCUAUAUGGGAUUAGUCGUUGAUCCCAGUAUUUCAGUCAUAUUUUCACUGUAAAAAGAAAUAAAUAUUGUCUAUUUUUGUGUGCUUUUGGGGGUCUAUUUUAUGAUUUUUUACUUUGUGUAGAAAUCUUAUUACAAAGUGGUUUUCUACAUUAAAAAGAAAUUAAAAGAAACUGUUUAGUUAUUUAACUAGUAACUUUAUAAAAUUCUGGGAUUAUGUUAAUCUUGAAGUAGUAGUGGUGUAAUAAAACCAGUCAUCCCUUUCUUGACAGCAGCUUGGAUUUUUCUGACUUUACAGUGACAUCUGAGAAGAAGGAAUUUGAUGCUUUCUAUAUUGAAAUCAGAAAGUAUUACCUGCUACUUCUCCAAGUUACUUUUAACUUUACCUUUGGGUAUGGUUUAGCAUUUCUCUCUGUUUGGUUUUCAAAUCCUUGUGGCUAUAUUGUACUGAGUGUUAUAAAUGAAGAUCAGCAUUUCUCCCUAGAUUUGAUAAAACAUGUUCUUGAUUUCCAUAAAAAAAAUUCAGAGAACUGUUAUAAAGUGACUUACCUAGACUUUCAGCUAUAAUCUGAGACUUGGAAUGAAAUUUAAACCACACGUGUGAUUUCCUUUGCAAAUCAUAAAGCUUUUUAUACUCUUGUCAAAAUGUUGUACUUUUCAGGCAAUAAGGACUGUUAAGUCAGGAAAAAAAAUACCUUUCCUCCCUUGCGAAGUUGGUUCCUUAUUUUCCUUUCCAUGCGAGUUUUCAGCACUCUUCAUCACAGUGUUCUGAAAUAGGAAUUGCAAAGGGAUUUACUUGUGUGCUGUAUAUUUAUAGGAAAUUUAAAUAUGUACAAGUAAAUUUCCCACUGCUGGAAAAACAUAUUUGUAAUUAAACCAUAAGGUUUGGUCUUCCACACAUUUAUGUCUAUAAUUUUUUUCUGUCUUAUGACUGAAUGAUGUAAAUUUAUUAUUGGCAAUUAGUAUCAACAAAGAGUAACCAAAGGCAUGGGAAAGCCAUUUUACUUAAUAAAUGUCUUAUAGUAUGAA